CCAAUCACCUUGACCAUCUUGGUUACCCCAGCCACCCCAGCCACCUCUAUCACCCCAGUGACUGUGGUCACUAGCCCUGGACACCCCAUCCGGUCCCUGCAUGUGGAAGCACACUGACAUUACUACUGAUUGUUAGACCCUGUGGUACCCUGUGGGUGAUGGGUUGGUGGGGAUUUGCUGCAGACUUUGGUGAUGUUCAUGCAGCACUCAAACAUAGCAAAGAAUGCCCAGCCCUGGAAAGAGGGGUCUGCUCCAGGAAAGGGAUCUGCUCUGAGAAAGAGAGAUCUGCUCUGGGAAGCUCAGAGCUGUACAUGGGGGUAAAGGAUACCCAGAACAGCCUCUAUAAGGCAGUAUCCCAGCAACCUGGACAUGGCUUUGAAACUGUCCCCGAACCAUCUGGUGUGAUGGAUCAGUCACUCCAGCAUGACCAGCUCCAGGGACACCUGGAUCCAGGAACAGUGAAGUACUCUGGGUACCUGGGAAAUUGGAAUAAGCUCUUCUGUUCAAAUGGGAACAGCAAGUAUCCAAGGCUGAUGAAACUUGGGAAAGACAUCACAGUGUGGGGGCUGGAGAUCGGGCUGCUGUCUAUGACCAAAGGAGAGGCUGCGCUGUUCGUCCUCACUCCAGAAUACGCCUAUGGCCAGCGGGGCUGUCCUCCCUCCAUCCCCCCAAACACCACGGUCCUCUUCAAGGUGGAGGUGUUGGACUUCAUAGACUCAGAGGAGUGUGACGCCUUCUUUGAAUUGACUUACGAACAGCGGGAGAGACUUCCUUUGGAAAAGGUGUUGAAAGUGGCAGCCACAGAGAGAGAGUUUGGCAACUACUUCUUCUAUAAGCAGCGCUUCAAGAUUGCCAAAGACAGAUACAAGAGGGCUUGUCUCUACAUGAGGGAGUACAGCAAAUCCCGGGAUUUCCUGGCUAGAGCUCAGUGCAUCCAGCCCUUCAACCGUGAUAUCAACAAUGAGCUGAAGAAGUUAGCAAGAUACUACAAGGAGUACAUGGAAAUGGAGAAAGAAAUGUGCUGCCAGAUGUUUGACCCUCUCAAUUCUUAUGGCUGAGAAGAAAUCAAGGACUGUUGCAGCUGUCCACCUUUUGGCACAUGGAGAUCUCAGCAUCACAUACAAGUUUUUGGAAAAGGGGCAGAAACACUGUCUUACUUCAAAGACUGAAGGUUCAGUGUUUAUACACAACCUCAUUUUCCCAAAGUUU